AUGGGCGGCAAUGGCUUCGACUUCAGCAUGACCUAUGAGCAGGCCCGCGCCGCAAGUUGUUCGACUUGUAAGGUUACUGCCGACCUAAGCAACUACUGGAUUCCGUCUCUUUAUUACCAAGGGCAAGAUGGUAAAUUUACUAGCGUUUCUCAGUCCGGAGGCAUGCUGGCCUACUACCUGUUUCGACAAGACGCCAAAGACCCUGAGUACAGUAACGGGCUCAUAGCAUUUCCCAAAGGCUUUCGCAUGCUGGCUGGCAAUCCUAAGCUCCGAAGCUUCAACAAUACCCUUGAGCAGCGAGCGAUUUCAUACGUGUGCCUGGGAAACGGUGGUCCUCAGACUAACGGAUUCCCCACCCGCAACUGCCCCAAUGGACUGCGCCUGCAAGUCUUGUUUCCUUCGUGUUGGGACGGUGUUAACCUGGACUCGCCUGAUCACAAAAGUCAUAUGGCUUACCCAGAUCGUUUGGAUAACGGCAAAUGCCCAACAACUCAUCCCAAAAGAUUCGCGACUCUGUUCUACGAGGUCAUCUUCAACGUCAACGAUUUCAAGGAUAUGUGGUAUGGCGAGAAUGACAGCCAACCGUUCGUCUUGUCUAAUGGCGACCCUACUGGAUACGGCCUGCACGGUGAUUUCGUCAAUGGAUGGGAUGUCAAUGUGCUCCAGGCCGCUCUCACACAAUGCAAGGAUGGCGGCGGCAGCAUCGAGAAAUGCCCUGUGUUCCAGUUCUUUGACGACGAGACAAGAAGGGGCUGUCAAGUUCCAGUCAAGGUUAACGAGCAAGUCCAGGGCCAGCUCGACAAGUUGCCUGGUUGUAACAGCGUCCAGCGCGGCCCUGGCAAUGCUCAGUCGGAAUCAGGGUGUGGCGCAACAACACAGAUUUCGCAGCCUCAAUGGGGAUACAAGGACGUAACGAGCACACUCAAUUACAAGUAUCUCGGCUGUGCCCGCGAUCCAUCGGGUCAAGCCCGAACUCUCCCGAGCGCGAAAACGUCUACCGACAGCAUGACGGUUGAUACCUGCAUCAAGCACUGCGACGGAAAGGGCUUCGCAUAUGCGGGUCUGGAGUAUGCCAAAGAAUGCUGGUGCGGUAACUCAGUGGCUGACGAUCGCAAGCCCAAGAAGGGAUUGUGGGGUGGCUGCAACAUGCCUUGUUCAGGUAGCCAGAGCGAUAUGUGUGGUGGAUGGGCCGCCCUCUCACUCUACCAGAAGUGCAAUGGAACUUGCCAAAACGCGGACUUGAUGUGA